CGUAGUCAUUCGGGUGUACCAAACGAGACGUCGGCCCAUUAGCGUGCGCGAAUAAGAGCUGUAAACAGGCCCGGAAGAUUAUUGCUCCCCUUCGUUCACCUCGCGUACGCGACAAACUAGGCCGACCGCCGCCGCCCUACGCUCAGCUGCCCACCUGCCCUGGUCUUCGACUCUUCGUCGUGCGCUUUGCCGGCGGCGAGCACCCAUCACACCAGGAUGGCGCUAAGGGGGGUCUGGCAGCUGCAGAAGCUCGUGGUAAACUACUGCGACUGGGGAGGGAGCAGCAGGGGCAUCAGGGCCUUCAUGGAGGCACAUCUUCCAGCCUUUAAGGAAAAGAAUCCACACUUAGAGGUGGUGACAGAGCUUGUCCGCGGUCAACAUCCUAACUUGAAGGGAAUUUACAAAAACCAUAACGAGCGAGUGGUAUGCGUGAGAAAUUUACCGCCAGAGGAAAUACUCCUGCAAGCCACCAGGCUAAGGAACUCUCUGGGCAGGAAAGUGGUGAAGCUGCGGACCAGACAUGUAACGAAACGCCCCAGUGUUCAGGGGACGUGGACGACGGAACUGAAGAUGUGAAGCAACAAGCCAAGGUGUUUCAUUGUUCUUUGGUGGUCUGAUUGCAGAAAAUGUCAGCUGUGUCGAUAACUUUGGUAGAGCUGCCGUUAGGCUUGCCUGUUUGAAUAGCUAAACCGUUUACUCCAUUUGUUCCGGAGUACAAUCUGGUAAUAACAUAGGAGUACACUUGACUUUCUUAGACCAGGCCGUCACAUUUGAUAUUUCAGUCUGGUGAUAUCUGUCUCCUAUAUUAGACCAGUACAAUGUUUCAACUCGCGAGAUACUGCGAACACAGAAUUUUGCUAUGCUAUGGCCAUUACCAAGGUUUUUUUUA